CUGUAAUUGAGUUUGACCUGGAAAUGUGAAGUUUACCUAACUGUUCCAGGAGAGGUUCCGGGAGAGGAAAGGUGGCUGGAUGCAGGGAGGGCACACUCUAUCACAGGUAUCUUAGAAGCUCUGGGCUACACGCUGUACCGUCGAGACUACCAUGACCAAGGACAAAAGCAACGCUUUUGAUGGCGCUGUGCUGACCAGCAUACCGGGAAGCCCUACAGAAGAGACAGCUCUCUCUCCCACAGUCCCUCAAGGCCCCUCCCACCUCCAGAGCCAGUAUGAGAGGAUUGGAGGCAAAGGCGGCUCUUCGUUUUCUCAAACACUGAUCCACCUAAUCAAGGGUAACAUUGGCACGGGGCUACUUGGCUUGCCAUUGGCUGUCAAAAAUGCGGGACUUGUGCUGGGACCCUUGAGUCUCCUGGUGAUGGGGAUCAUUGCUGUCCAUUGCAUGAACGUCCUUGUGAGAUGCUCUCAUUGCCUAAGUGCCAAGAAAGGGAAACCGUUUUUGACUUAUGGGGAGGUGUUGGAAUACAGCAUGGAAAACAUCUCCUGGAUGAGUAGGCACUCGAUUUGGGGAAGACGCCUGGUGAAUGUGUUCCUGGUCAUCACCCAGCUUGGCUUCUGCUGCGCCUACUUUGUGUUCCUCAGCGAAAACAUCAAACAGGUCGUAGAGGCAGCCAACGCGACCACGAUGGGCUGUCAGAGCAACCAGACGGCUGUGAUCACGCCCAGCUUCGACUCCCGGCUCUACAUGCUCUGUUUCCUGCCUUUCGUCAUCCUGCUGGUGUUCACGCGGAACCUCAAGUACUUGGCACCGCUGUCCCUGGUGGCCAACUUGGCCAUGUGCUGCAGUGUGGUCCUCAUCUACUGGUACUCCCUAACAAACAUUCAAUACCCCAUUUCUCUGCCGUACAUUGGGAAUGCCAAGGAUUACCCUCUCUUUUUUGGCACUGCGAUAUUUGCCUUUGAAGGGAUUGGAGUGGUCCUCCCCCUGGAGAACAAAAUGCAGAAGCCGCACACCUUAAGCACAGUCCUCUACCUGGGCAUGGGGCUGAUCACCGUGCUCUACAUCAGUCUAGGGACCAUUGGUUAUCUCUGCUUUGGAGAUCAGAUCGGAGCGAGCAUCACACUCAACUUACCCAGCUGCUGGAUGUACCAGAUUGUAAAACUUCUGUACUCUUUCGGGAUCUACAUCUCGUACGCCCUGCAGUUCUACGUUGCUGCGGAAAUUCUGAUCCCCCCCGUCAUGGUCUGCGUCCCAAACCGAUGGGAGCUUCCUGUGGACCUUGCCAUGCGCACCGUGAUCGUCAUUUUAACCUGCGCCCUGGCCUUGCUGAUCCCUGAGCUGGACCUGAUGAUCUCGCUUGUGGGCUCUUUGAGCAGCAGCUUCCUGGCCCUCAUCCUCCCGCCUGUCCUGCAGGUCCUCACCUUCCACGGCGAGGGUCUCUCUGCUGCCACGCUGCUGAAGAACGCCAUCAUCAGCGUGGUUGGCAUCAUCGGCUCGGUGGCCGGGACACACGUGACCGUCAUGGAGAUCAUCAACCGCAGCAGUGGCAGGGAUGGUAAUGGCACCGCGUUCUAGAACCUCUGCGUUCUAGAACCUCUGUGUUCUAGAACUUCUGCGUUCUAGAACCUCCUCCCUCUCGUGAACAUCGGCUAUCACUUUGACAGUUGGUGUCUCUUUAAAGAAGC